GCCGCGGAGGCCGGGGGCGCAGAGACCCGGGACCAGCAGGACGCCGCGCUGCCAGAAGCGCUCCCAGUGGAAGAUACAGAAGAAAAACCCAAACCACACACCGCAAAGGAAGAGCCGGACAGGCUACCCACCGGUGUGAAACCCCGACAGCAGCCGAGUGCCUUAUUUGCCAGAGGAGACAGGAAAGCAGUCAGAAGUCCCCAAAGGUCAUUGAGUAAAAUAAAAGAAAACAAGCACCCAUUUGCUCUUUAUGGCUGGGGAGAAAGACAGACAGACACUGGGAGCCAGAAGACCCACAAUGUCUGUGCGUCUGCCUCUGUGCACGAGAUUCAUGAGUCAGCGUUACGAGCCAAGAGCAGAAGACAGGUGGAGAAGCGGCGACUGGCUGCGCAGCGGCAGCGUGCCCACUCAGUGGACGUGGAGAAGAAUAGGAAGAUCAAGGCCUCCACGGGGUCCUCAGCAGACAACCCCUGGGUGACCGAGUACAUGCGGUGCUACUCGGCCAGAGCAUAGAUAAGAAGACAAGAACUAUUAAACCAGGGUGGACACAGGUUGAAGAAACCAACUGGUGUUAUGCAAGGCUUGGCUUAGGGAAUUUACAAAAGAGUAUUCUAUUUUGAUGAAUUUUGGUCACCUACCUCAGCAGUAGGGCAGACAGUUGAAGCCAUAGACAUUGGGUUAUUUAUGAAGAUGAGUCCCUAAAUCUCUGAUAUUCUUGUGAGUUUUGUUUUAAAGCAUCUUAAUCUUUUAAUACACUGACACCAAAUGCCUUUAACCGGCUACAGAUGCUUACCAUCCCACAUCUCCAUAAGGAAGAGGGAGCCCGUUAUCGUCCCCUUCCCAGUUACUUCAGAUGCCACGAUAGUAAGAUCAUUCCAUCCUGCGACGUAAGACUCAUUUUUACUUACUUCAGUAUACUUUGCAAAAAAGUAUCAAAGCAUUUGUAAUGAAGCUGAAACUUUGGUAGAUCCUGAGAAGUCAACUUGUGUUUUAACUCACAUCACUUUCAUGUAGGUUGUGAUAUUUAAAAAUUGUCUGGGCUGGGUGAGGGUCACUUAUUCUCUUUAUAUUAUCAUCUAGGCACUUAAUAGUAUAAUAGUUCAGAUACAUUCCAGUAAGUGAGUGGCAGUGCAAUCUGUGUAUAGAGUAGUAAUGAAGCUUCUUUUGAUUCAAAGAGUGUCACAUUUUCUUAAUUGCAAGAUGUCUUUUUAGAACACAUAAGGUACAGUCUGGUCUUUUGGCAUGCACCCACUUGUGGACUGUUGCCUCUUCUGUAGUAGCUGGCCGUGACAUUGGGAAUUUAAAAUCUGAAGUUACAUAUAAUGCCCUGAGAUUGUUUGGUCCAUGGGGGGCAGAUAGUAGGACACCUGUUAGGGAUGUUGUUCACCUCCACCCGACCCCCUUGCUGUUUCUACUUUUUCUUCUACAGAACUCAACAAAGUCCUAAUGAUGUACAAUACUCAUACUUUAGGUUGAAUACAUUACUAUCGAUUCCUGGCUGGUAGAGCUUAGUUACACCUUGAUGAGAGAGUGGUGCAGUAUGUAAAUAGUGCUUCUUCCCUUUAGUACAGCUUUUAGGGUAGAAAAAUGGUUUUAAAAAACAUUGAUUGCUUAUCAAAUGGGAGUGUUCUCUGUCCUGUACAAGGGAAUCUCCUAGAAGGAUUUGUGCUAAGUUCUUUACGAGAUCAGAAAAGUACCAUGCCUGUGCCCACUUAGCACCUGAAGAUGUGUGGAUAAAAGUUUGGUGUUAGGGGUCAGGUUGAGUUUUUUCUUGAUAUUUUACUCUGGGUCUUGAAGUAUGAUUAUUUUCAGAACACAAGUUGGUUUCAUUCCACAUAAAAUUGUCGCACUGUCAUCUUGUAGCUAUAUUGAGCUUUAAAAAUGCAUACUGAACAAUUACGAGGGUUUAAGAAAAAAACCCUUUAAAAUAUUUGUA